AGCACUAAAGUCGCAAAGUCAAACAAGACAUUGUGUCAAACGUUGCAGAAUGAGGCGAGCGAGAAACUACCUCGGAAGCGGAGUAUUUUGAGUGUGAGACCGGGAUACAAUUGUAUUCACAAACACUUGCAACAGACGGAUGUCUUUCAAGACAAAGCCAAACGGACGCUGCACAAGGAGCACCUUGAAAUAGAGCUGAUGAAGAGUCGAAUAUCGUGCAUGAAUAAGCUUCUUGAGCCCAACGUAAGUUUUAUAUAUUAUUUUAAUUUAUAA